UUUUGUUUUUAGACCAUGCCUAAGUCAAGAGUCAAGAUCAUAAAUACAUAUAAACCAAAAACUUCAUCUUCUUUUAAGCAAGCAAUCAUGUUACCUGCAAUACUCCUCUUAACAUUCAUCUUUAUCCUAUCAGCCACUCUAUUUCAUUCAAAACAACACCAAAACAAUGGAAAAAAUCCACCAGGUCCCAAGCCUCUUCCAAUCAUUGGCAGCCUCCACAUGUUAGGAAAACUCCCGCAUCGCUCCCUCCAAGCCCUUGCCAAAAAACACGGACCUAUCAUGUCCUUAAAGCUCGGACAGGUCCCAGCCAUCGUGGCUUCUUCCCCUGAAGCUGUAGAGCUAUUUCUCAAGACACACGACGCCGUUUUCGCUAGCCGGCCCAAAAUCCAAGCUUCUGAGUUCAUGUUCUAUGGUGGAAAGGGAUUGGGGUUGGCUCAGUAUGGUCCUUACUGGCGUAACAUGAGAAAACUGUGCACCUUGCAGCUUCUGAGUCCUUCAAAAGUCGAGAUGUUUGCACCUUUGAGGAGUGAGGAAUUGGGGAAGCUGUUGAGGACACUUGAGAAAGUUGCAGAUUCAAGUGAAGUUGUGGAUCUCAGUGAGUUGGUUGGGGAGGUUAUAGCGAAUAUUACUUAUAAGAUGGUACUGGGAUGCCAUAAGGACAGUGGUGUUGAUUUGAAGGGGCUUAUUGGUGAGGCAAUGAAUUUGGCUGGGACUUUUAAUUUGGCUGAUUUUAUACCUUGGCUAAGCAUGUUUGAUUUUCAGGGACUAGCAAGUCGAAUGAAGAAAACAAGCAAGGCAUUUGACCAAGUGGUAGACCAGAUCAUCAAUGAUCAUGAGCAUCCUUUAGAAAAGAAAGACCCUCAAGAUAAGGACUUUGUGGACAUAUUACUAUCACUAAUGGACCCUCGGAACGAAGAACAGAAUCAACUCAUCGAUAAUACUAACAUCAAAUCCAUCAUAUUGGACAUGAUUGGCGGGGCACUAGACUCAGCUUCAGCAACAAUUGAAUGGGCAAUGUCAGAACUCUUAAGGAAUCCAAGGGUGAUGAAGAAACUUCAAGAUGAGCUAGAAAAUGUGGUGGGGAUAAAUAGACAUGUGGAUGAAUCUGACUUAGAAAAUUUGCGUUAUUUGUACAUGGUGGUGAAGGAGAUCCUAAGAUUAUACCCUGCAGGACCUUUGCUAGGUCCUCGUGAGUGCCUAAAAGAUGUUACCAUUGAUGGCUAUUACAUAAAGAAGAAGACACGGAUCAUCAUUAAUGCUUGGGCCAUUGGGAGAGAUCCUAAGGUUUGGUCGAAUAAUGCCGACAUAUUUUAUCCAGAGAGAUUUCUGAAUUGCAAUGUUGAUCUUCGGGGACAUGAUUUUCAACUUAUACCAUUUAGUUCAGGUCGUAGAGGGUGCCCUGGGAUUAAUAUGGGCCUUGUUAUGGUUAGGCUAGUUGUGGCUCAAUUGGUGCAUUGCUUCAAUUGGGAGCUUCCAUUGGGGAUUUCUCCUAAUGAUUUGGACAUGACUGAGAGAUUUGGACUUGCUAUGCCAAGAAGUAACCAUUUGCUAGCUAUGCCAACUUGCCGCCUUGUUAAGCCAUUAGUAUUAGACUAAUGGUGAGGGGUUUGGGUAGUUUAUAUGAGAUUAUAGGUCUAAAUCUCCACUAUUCUACAUAAAAAAAAUGGUGGCUAGUUAUUAAUGUUAAGUUUAAACGCAUCACAACGUUUUUAAAAUCUUAUUUUGAUCAUAACAAUUUUAUAAUAGAAGGUUCUUUGAAAA